AGCACGAGCCCGCGGGUGGCGCGCAGCGCGUGGUGGCGGCUCCUCUAGGAGCGCAGCCGACCCGUUGACCUGGGCUCCGUUUCCCCUGUCCGGCGCGCCUCGCUGGCCGGCUGGAGACCGAAAACAGCAGCAACAUUAGCAGCAGCAGCAGCAGCAGCAGCGGCGGCUGCUCGGCCGCCGUCGUCUCCGCGGGAGCAUGGAGUGCGCCCUGGACGCCCAGAGCCUGAUCAGCAUCUCCCUGCGCAAGAUCCACAGCUCCCGGACCCAGCGCGGCGGCAUCAAGCUGCACAAGAACCUCCUGGUGUCCUACGUGCUCCGCAACGCGCGCCAGCUCUACCUGAGCGAGCGCUACGCCGAGCUCUACCGGCGCCAGCAGCAGCAGCAGCAGCAGCAGCAGCAGCAGCAGCAGCAGCAGCACCCGCCCCACCACCAGCACCAGCACCUCGCGUACGCCGCGCCAGGCAUGCCGGCCAGCUCGGCCGACUUCGGCCCGCUCCAACUUGGCGGCGGCGGGGACGCGGAGGCGCGCGAGCCGGCCGCCCGGCACCAGCUGCACCAGCUCCACCAGCUCCACCAGCUGCACCUCCAGCAGCAGCUGCACCAGCACCAGCACCCGGCGCCGAGGGUCUGCGCGGCGCCGGCCCCCGCCUCCUCCCCCGGCUUCUACCGGGCCGCGUACCCGGCCCCCUCGGACUUCGGCGUGCAUUGCAGCAGCCAGACCACCGUGCUGGACCUGGACACUCACGUGGUGACCACGGUGGAGAACGGCUAUUUGCACCAGGACUGCUGCGCCUCCGCCCACUGCCCCUGCUGUGGCCAGGGCGCCCCGGGACCCGGCCUGGCGUCCGCCGCCGGCUGCAAGCGCAAGUACUACCCCGGGCAGGAGGAGGACGACGACGAGGACGAGGACGCGGGCGACCUGGGGGCCGAGCCCCCCGGGGGCGCCCCGUUCGCCCCCUGCAAGCGCGCCCGCUUCGAGGACUUCUGCCCGGACUCGUCCCCGGACGCGUCCAACAUCUCAAACUUGAUCUCCAUCUUUGGCUCAGGCUUCUCGGGGCUGGUGAGCCGACAGCCGGACUCCUCGGAGCAGCCGCCGCCGCUCAACGGGCAGCUGUGCGCCAAGCAGGCGCUCGCCAGCCUCGGCGCCUGGACUCGAGCCAUUGUCGCCUUCUAGGGACCCCCGAGGGCACGGGGACCCGGGGCCCCGUGGGGCUGGGGCCAGACAAAGACUCGGCCAAGGGGCGAGAGGAAGGAACGAACGGGCGCCCGGCCACUCGGGCUGAGCUGGGGGCUCGCAGGGGAGGCGGCUGAUGUUUUAUAAAUUGUAAAAUAAAAAAAAGAAAACAAAUCUAA